CACUAUUCAUUAACUCAUGAAACGCGCGUCUCCCCUGCCGUAGUCUCGUGUAGUUUUAAUCCCGCAUGCUAAACAUUUUGUUGGAUAUUUAGAAAACUGUGUAAUUUCACUGAAGUGUUAACUAUAGUUACUAUUGUAACUUAAUCAUACCGUUUUCAAUUAUUCUAAUUGAAUUAUAUUAAGGUAAUAUAUAAAUAUAUAUAUAUACAUAAAUCAAUUAACAAAGAUGAAGUUGAAAACUAAGAAUUCUACUGACAAUAAAACAGCUAGCCCAAACAUAAAAAAUAAAUCGCCAAAAAAACAAGCUAAAGGCGUUGUAAAAGAGAAAGUGAAAGUUGUUAAACUAGCAGUUUUAAAAAAAGAAGGUGAAGCAGCUCAGAAAGCUUCACUUGCACAAACAUCGCCCAACCCUCUAAAAGCAUUGAAACAAGAAUUAUGGGUUAAAGCUAUUAUUAAUGUAUCAGCUGCAGACCUUCCUGCUGAAGAAAGUAGCGUUGCUAAACUAUUGGCAGAUUACAAGAAAAAAGAAUCUAUUCCACAAUAUGAAACAAAACUUAAGAAUUUUAUUACAAAAGGAUUUUCAAAAUUCAAGGACACAAGCAGCGAAGUAUUAAGUAGUGUUUACAGAAAAUUCCAAGCUGAAUUUGAAGCAUUAGGUGGAGAAAUUAAGAAAAGUGCUAAGUCUACUAAAGUUGAUGUCAAGAAAUCGGAUAGCAAAGUAUCAAAACCCAAAUCUAAGAAAGAAUCUAAAGUAGUUGUAGAAGAAGAUGAUGAUGAAGAAGACGAUGAAGAUAUUGACGAUGAGGAUGAUGAUGAUGAUGAUUUAGAAGGUAUAACCUUUGAUGGCAGUGAUGAUAGUGGCAAUGACCUCGAUGAAGAGAGCGAAGAGGAAAAACCUAAGGCACCUUUGAAAUCGAAAAAUGUCAAAGGUCAAAAUGGUAACAGUAACAAUAAGGGAAAGAAUGGUUCGAAAUUCAAAGGGGGUAAAGUACAAAAAAAGAAACCUAAUAAGUUUAAUAAGAAAAAGUAAGUUUUAUAUCGUUUUAUACAUUUUAAUAAUUGGACUUCUAUUGUACUUUUUAUUGUUAAAAACAUAUAGUUAUAACCUUUGUGUAUUGAAUUUGAACAUACUAUAAUAUAACUACAUGUUCUUAUA